AUGCGUAUUUCUCAAGUCUUUUCCUCCACUGCUCUAGCCGGUGUCGCUUUGGCUACCCCCAUGGGCCACGAUCACGCAGCCCACAAGAGGGACGUCGCGUACGUGACCAACGUCCAGACCACCACCGUUUUCGGUACUGCUCCUCAGCAGAUCGGCGGUGCUUCCACCACUGUGGCCCUUGAUAGUUCGAACACUAUUGCUCAACAGGCGGCUACUCAAACGUCUUCCUUGUCCGAGGUUUCCAGAGGUGUUGAGGCUGCUCCAAGCUCGGCCCCAACCUCCACCGCUUCGGCUUCAAGCUCCAGCUCCAGCGCCGCUGCUACUUCUUCGGCUGCUGCUUCUUCAUCGGCUGCUGCUUCUUCGUCUUCCUCGUCGGCAUCUCCAAGCUCUUCGUCGUCGGUUGGUUCUGCCGGUGCCAAGGGUAUCACUUACUCUCCUUACAGUGACUCUGGUUCGUGCAAGGACGCUUCUCAAAUCGCUUCCGAGGUAGCUCAGCUUUCCGGUUACGACAUUAUCAGACUUUACGGUGUCGACUGUGACCAGGUCUCUGCCGUUUUGCAAAGCAAGGCCUCGAACCAAAAAUUGUUCUUGGGUAUCUACUACGUCGAUGCCAUCUCUGAUGGUGUCAGCACCAUGAAGAGCGCCAUUGAAGCUCAUGGGUCUUGGGAUGACGUUUACGCUGUCUCGAUCGGAAACGAGUUGGUCAACGCUGGCUCUGCUACCGUUUCCCAAGUUGGCAGUUAUGUCUCCGAGGGUAGAUCUGCCCUCACUUCUGCCGGCUACAGUGGCUCAGUGGUCUCUGUUGACACUUUCAUUGCUGUCAUCAACAACCCUGGUUUGUGUGAAUAUUCUGACUUCAUGGCUGUGAACGCUCACGCCUACUUCGACUACAACACCGCUGCCGAGGACUCUGGUACUUGGGUCAUGGAACAAAUCCAAAGGGUUUGGGGUGCUUGCCAAGGUAACAAGAACGUCUUGAUCACUGAAUCAGGCUGGCCAUCCCAGGGUGAAACUUUGGGUAAAGCUGUUGCCUCCAAAGACAACCAAAAAUCUGCCGUGGAAUCUAUCAGCGCUUCGUGCGGUAACUCAGUUAUUCUGUUCACCGCCUUCAACGACUUGUGGAAGGCUGACGGCGCUUACGGCUGUGAAAAAUACUGGGGAAUAUUGUCUAACUAG